AUGUCAAAUAACUCCAUAGUGAUUCAAGAGGAAUCUACUUCUGAUAUUCUGACUUUUAAUCAGUUAGUGUUGUUUGAAGGAAUUCUAAGUGCAGCGCGUGCUGUCAUUUCAGUUUUAGGCAUUUUUGGAAAUACCAUCAACAUUUUGACAUUCAUCUCCAUGGGCAUCAAAGAUGGUUUCUCUCUCUCCAUGACAUUACUAGCUGGAAUGGAAAUAUUUCACCUCAUUAUUAUCUUCUUAAGGAGUGUUGCUUACGCAUUUUUUAUUGUUGAGUACGCAACACAUUUCAUCACGUGGUUUCCGGUUGAGCCUUUUGGCAUAUAUUUUUACAUUGGUCACGUGGCUCGAAUAUUUUACUCUAUGGCUGUGGUGAACACCACAUUCUUAUCCUUCGCUCGAUGCAUGUGCGUGUCAAGGCCUUUACACUUCAAGGACAUGUUCAUGGCUACGAAGUCCGCUGUGAUCGUGUGUCUGAUUAUUGCGACUACAGUUGGAAGCUAUAUGCCGAUGCUCCUGACUAUGAGCAUGACCUUGCAGUUUGACCCACAAGUCAACUACACCAGGUUUAGACUGUACCUCACGCCUGCAAGAGAGCAAGUCGGAGCCAUCACUUGGAUCGUGAGGAAUGCUGUACUGCCUGUGUCCACUUUGGUUGCCAUAGUCAGCUGCGUCAUCUACAUGAGUAAGAGACUCAUGGAAUCAGCUCUUUUUAGACUUAAAUCCCAAUCCUUCCACCAAACCAUACAGUCCCCAAAUUAUAGUAAAGAAAAAACUUCCAGCACUGAUACACUGGUCUCCAAUCUAGCGUCCAAUGAAACUAAAGUCCAAGACAUGGCCGGUAAAGAGAGAAGAGCCAUUCAACAAAUGGUUGUUAUGUCCAUUGUGGUCAUCGCCUGCGAAGUCCCGGAGAUACUUAUCAGCUUAGCUUCAGUUCUGGUGCCAACGUUCGCCUUCCUUAAGCCUCUCAAUAAUAUUUACCUGGCGGUCAUCGGGCUCAACCACGUGUUCCAGUCAAUCAACUCCAGUGUUAACAUAAUCAUCUACUGGAAAUACAGCAGCAGAUAUAGACAAAACUUCUACCUGGCUCAACAAACUUAG